GAUUACAUAGAGACGAUCAAUAGUUUAAUGAAAGAGACCGCCAUUACUGUCUUAAAUCAGUGUCACAAGUUCAACCAUGGACCCCCGUACCAGUGCCCAGGACGUGAUGCGAUGUGACCUGUGUGAGACCACUGUGGUACAGAUGCACUGUGAUACAUGUCUUGUCAACCUGUGUACAGCUUGUGUAGGAAUACACUUCUCUGCUGAUCUCUCAAAACCUCACACAAUCGUUGAUUUCAAGGACAGAAAAUCCACUCCUUUAUACCCUGGAUGUAAAUUUCAUAACAAACAACAAUGUACAAUGUACUGUAAUCAAUGUGACAUUCCUGUUUGUACGAAGUGCAUUGCAUCUGAUCAACAUUUAGGUCAUAAGGUAUCAGAAAUCUUACAAAUUGUGGAUGAGAAAAAAGAAAAUAUUAUCAAAGAACAAACUGAACUAAAUGAAAUAAUUUACCCAACCUACCAGGACAUUGCUUCUGAUGUACAAAACAGAAUGAGUCAGUUAGAAAAGGAAUAUGGAGAUCUCUCAACAGCCAUAACAAAACAUGGAGAGGACUGGCACAGAGAAAUUGACAAACUUGUCCAAAAACUCAAAGCUGAAGUUGAUGAGAUGAAAAACACACAGUUACAAACUCUACAGAAACAUCUUGAUGAAAUAAACAAGACAAUGUCUGACAUCAAGGAUGAAAUUGAUUCAAUUGAUCUUGUUGAGGAUUCUAAUAACAUUUCAAAACUAUUUAGUUUUACGAGCAAUGUAGAUAGAUACAGAAAUUUUCCACAGAAAAUUUUGCCAUCUUUGCCUAAAUUCACUCCAAGCAGAAUUAUUGGAGGAGAACUUCGUAAAAUGUUUGGAACCUUAUCAUCAAGUUCUUUGACUUCAGACAAACAUGGCUACAGAAUGAAGACAACACAGAAAUUACCAGAAGCUGGAUCCUCUCCUCCAGUCAAACAGCUGCUUGAUGAACAAGAGACUGUAACCGCCAUAGACACUGGAUAUGGAGAGCUUUACAAUGUGGCCUGUCUGAGUGAUGAAGAAAUCUGGACAAGUGGAGGUGACAGCACCGAUGAAACUCUACAGCAUCGAUCAGGGAUCACUGCUCAAGUCAAUCACAACCAAGUCAGGGAACAUGCCACGGGACAUAGCAGUGACAAAGAGUGGAGAUUUAGUUUAUACUGAUUACAGUGAUAGAACUGUGAACAUUGUGAAGAAUGAGAAGAUAGAGAAGGUGAUCAGACUACAGAACUGGAAACCUGACGGUGUCUGCAGUACCUCCUCUGGUGACCUCCUGGUUAUCAUGAUCAGUGAUGACAACAAACAAUCAAAAGUUAUCCGUUACUCUGGCUCCACAAAAAAACAAACCAUUCAGUUUGAUGAUCAAGGUAAACUACUUUAUUCAUUACCAAUAAUAAAAUAUGCAACUGAUAAAUUCUGGAACGUAACUGAGAACAGGAACCUGGAUAUCUGUGUGUCUGACAAUAUAGCUAGAGCAGUAGUGGUGGUCAAUCAGGCCGGGAAACUGAGAUUCAGGUACACUGGACAUACUCCUGCUUCAAAGAACCAACCAUUUAUACCACGAGGAAUCACCACAGACAGUCAGAGUCACAUCCUUAUAGCUGAUGAUAACAAUGAGUGUGUCCACAUCAUAGACCAAGAUGGACAGUUCCUCUGUUACAUAGACUGUGGACUGAGUGAUCCCAGAGGACUGUGUAUAGAUCUAAAUGACAAUCUGUUUGUUGCAAUAUUACAAAAAAAAGUUAAGAAAAUCAAAUAUCUCCAAUGAAAUCCUAAUCCUGCUAAAUUAAAGGAAAAUACUAGUA